UACCCUUUCUGGCUUUGGUGACUUCCUUGAAGUGGGUCAUUGGUGUCUGUUAACCCACAGCUUAUGCUUCUCUCAGGUUCCUGCUCCUUUCGGCCAUGACCUGUAGAGUUCUUCUGGUGACAGCCUUGGCCCUGUGUCAUGGGUUCAACCUGGACACCGAGAAUCCAAUCACCUUCCAAGAGGAUGCAAGGGGCUUCGGGCAGACCGUGGUCCAGUUUGAGGGGUCCUGGGUGGUGGUUGGAGCCCCACAGGAGAUCACGGCUGCCAACCAGACAGGUGGCCUCUACCAGUGUGAUUACAGCACGGGCAGGUGUGAGCCUGUCCCCCUGCAGGUCCCCGCGGAGGCCAUGAACAUGUCCCUGGGCCUGUCCCUGGCAGCUGCCACCAACCCAGCCCAGCUGCUGGCCUGCGGCCCCACUGUGCAUCAGACUUGCAAGGAGAACACAUAUGUCAACGGCCUAUGCUUCCUGUUUGAUUCCAACCUGCGGCGACAGCCUCAGCGCUUCCCAGAGCCCCUCAGAGGGUGUCCUCAGCGGGAGAGUGACAUUGCCUUCUUGAUUGAUGGCUCUGGCAGCAUCCACUCAAUUGACUUUCAGAAGAUGAAGGAGUUUGUCUCAACCGUGAUGGAACAAUUUGAAAAGUCUAAAACCUUGUUCUCUUUGAUGCAGUAUUCAGAUGUGUUCCGGACUCAUUUCACCUUCAGUGAUUUCAAGAAAAACCCUAACCCAAGAUCUCUGGUAAUCCCAGUAAGACAGCUGCAUGGGCUGACACACACUGCCACAGGAAUCCGCAAAGUCAUCAGAGAACUGUUUCAGAAUGCCAGUGGAUCCCGAGAGAAUGCUGUGAAGAUCCUAGUUGUCAUCACAGAUGGACAGAAAUAUGGCGAUUCUUUGAAGUACGAGGAUGUCAUCCCGGAGGCAAACAGACAGGGCCUCAUUCGCUAUGUCAUUGGGGUGGGAGACGCCUUCAACAGCGACAAAAGCCGCCAAGAACUUAAUAUCAUUGCAUCUGCACCACCUCGUGACCAUGUGUUCCGAGUGAAUAACUUUGAAGCUCUGAAGACCAUUCAGAAUCAGCUUCAGGAAAAGAUCUUUGCCAUUGAAGGUACUCAGACCGGAAGCUCCAGCUCCUUUGAGCAUGAAAUGUCUCAGGAAGGCUUCAGCGCGGCCAUCACCUCUAACGGCCCCUUACUGGGCUCUGUGGGCAGCUUUGACUGGGCCGGGGGAGCCUUUCUGCAUACAUCAAAGGGAAAAGUCACAUUCAUCAACACCACCAGAGUGGAUUCAGACAUGAAUGAUGCUUACCUGGGUUAUGCUGCUGCAGUCAUCUCGAGGAGCAGGGUGCAGAGCCUGGCUCUGGGGGCGCCUCGGUAUCAGCACACUGGCCUGGUGGUGAUGUUCAGACAGAACGCGGGCACCUGGGAGACCAGCGCCAACAUCCAGGGCAGCCAGAUCGGCUCCUACUUUGGAGCCUCCCUCGGCUCCGUGGACGUGAACAAUGACGGCAGCACUGACCUGGUCCUCAUUGGGGCCCCCCAUUACUACGAGUCCACACGAGGGGGCCAGGUGUCUGUGUGUCCCCUGCCCAAAGGGAGGGCUCGGUGGCGAUGUGACGCUCUUCUCCGUGGGGAGCAGGGCCAUCCCUGGGGCCGCUUUGGGGCAGCCCUGACAGUGCUGGGGGACGUGAAUGGGGACAAGCUGACAGACGUGGCCAUCGGGGCCCCUGGAGAGCAGGAAAACCGGGGUGCUGUCUACCUGUUUCAUGGGGUGUCGGUAGUCAGCAUCAGCCCCUCACACAGCCAGCGAAUCACAGGCUCCCAGCUCUCCCCCAGGCUCCAGUAUUUUGGGCAGUCACUGAGCGGGGGCCAGGACCUCACAAUGGAUGGACUGAUGGACCUGGCUGUGGGGGCCCAGGGACACUUACUUCUGCUCAGAUCCCAGCCAUUGCUGAGAGUAGAAGCAACCAUGGAUUUCACACCCAGCGAAGUGGCAAGGAAUGUGUUUGAGUGUCAGGAGCAGGAAGUGAGAAACAAGAUUGCUGGAGUGGUCAGAGUUUGCCUCCAUGUCCGCAAGCGCACGCGGGAUCGGCUAAGAGAAGGAGAUGUGCAGAGUGUUAUCUCUUACGUCCUGGCUUUGGACUCUGGCCGCCCGAGUUCCCGUGCCAUCUUUGAUGAGACCAAGAACAGCACACACAGGCGGAAGCAGGCCUUGGGGCUGACAACCACAUGUGAGACUCUGACACUGCUGUUACCGAAAUGUGUGGACGACUCAGUGAGCCCCAUUGUUCUGCGCCUCAACUACACUCUGGUGGGGACACCUGUGUCUUCGUUUGGGAACCUUCGGCCGGUUCUGGCCGAAGAUUCCCAGAAAUUUUUCACAGCCUCGUUUCCCUUUGAAAAGAAUUGUGGCAAUGACAACAUUUGCCAGGAUGAUCUCAGCGUCACCUUCAGUUUUAGGAACCUGCGUACCUUGGUGGUGGGCGACCCCCGGGAGCUCAAUGUGACGCUGACUGUGAGAAACGAGGGUGAGGAUUCCUACGGGACACAGGUCACCCUCUACCACCCGGCGGGCUUGUCCUAUCGGAAGGUGUCAGUGGUCCAGAACUGGCGCUCGCAGCGAUCCUGGCAGGUGUCCUGUUCGUCCAGCUCCUCCCCCGAAGGAUCUGGGGCUUUGAAGAGCACCAGCUGCAGCAUAAACCAUCCCAUCUUUCCAGACAACUCUGAGGUUACCUUUAAUGUCACAUUUGAUGUGGAGUUUGAUGCUUCCCUUGGAAACAAACUACUUCUCAAGGCUAAUGUGACCAGUGAGAACAACAUACCCAGGACGAACAAAACCGAAUUCCAGCUGGAGCUGCCUGUGAAAUACGCCGUCUACUUGAUAGUCUCCAGUGGUGAGACCUCUACCAAAUACCUCAACUUCACAGCUUCAGAGAAGACCAGUCAGGCUGUGGAGCACCAGUAUCAGGUGAAUAACCUGAGUCAGCGAGAUGUAGCCAUCAGCGUUGACUUCUGGGUUCCCAUCCUGCUGAAUGGCCUGGCUGUGUGGGAUGUGACUCUGAGGGUCGCUUCACAGGGUCUCUCCUGUGUGCCAGAAAGGGAACCGCCCCAGCAUUCUGACUUCCUGACCCAGAUUCCAAGGAGUUCUGUGCUGGACUGCUCCAUUGCUGACUGCCUAAGAUUUCGCUGUGACAUCCCCUCCUUGGGCAUCCAGGAAGAACUGGACUUCAUCCUGAAGGGCAACCUCAGCUUCGGCUGGGUCAGCCAGACACUGCAGAAGAAGGUGUUGGUCGUCAGUGUGGCUGAAAUCAAGUUCAGCAGAUCCAUGUACUCCCAGCUUCCAGGCCAGGAGGCAUUUCUGAGAGCCCAGGUGGAAACUGUGCUUGAAGAAUUUGAGGUCUAUGACCCCGUCCCCCUCGUGGUGGGCAGCUGUGUGGGAGGUCUGCUGCUGCUGGCUGUCAUCACAGCCUCACUGUACAAGCUUGGUUUUUUCCAACGUCAGUACAAAGAAAUGCUAAGUGGCAAACCUGAAGACCCAGCCACAUGCAGCGAGGAAGAUGUCAGUUAUGAGGACCCAGAUUUGCCCGUGUCCUAA